AUGGCGGGAUCGACGAAGCCCCUCCCUGUCCCCGCUGCCGCAAGUGGGGACCCGGCGGCUGACGAGGAGAACCAGGUGCACGAGGUGUACGAGGCGAUCGCGCCGCAUUUUGCGCGAACGCGGUUUAAGCAGCCCUGGCCCCUGAUCGAGCGCUUCCUCUCCACCCUUCCGCCCAACUCACUGGGGCUAGAUGCCGGCGCCGGUAACGGCAAAUACCUGCCAGCAGCCCAGGCAGCGGGCCACUACGCAAUUGCGAUGGACCGGUCCGGCGGACUCCUCUCGAUCGCGCGCGGCCAGCUCGAGGGCGGAGCAGAGUGUAUCCUCGGCGACCUGUGCCAGGACCCAUGGCGUCCGAACACGUUCGACUUUGCAAUCUCUGUCGCUGCGAUUCACCACCUGAGCACGCCGGAGCGGAGAGCGGACGCGGUGCAGACAUUGAUUCGGCCGCUGCGCAACGGGGGACGGUUCUUCAUCUACGUCUGGGCGUAUGAGCAGGGCCCCAACUCGCGGAGAAAGAUGGGAUCUCUCGCGGACCAGAAGGAGGGUAUGGAGGGCGGAGAGAGGGUGCAGGAUGUGCUCGUUCCGUGGGUGUUGAGCUCGGAGCCGGGGAAGAAGAAGGACAAGGCGCCGAAGGUGAAGGGAAGGCGGAAGCAGGGAGAGGAAGGUGCCGAGCCGGAGCCGGCGCCGGAAACGUCGAAUGAGGGGCCCAAGGAGGAGGAGGAGGAGGAGCCCAAGGUGUUCCACAGGUACUAUCAUCUGUUUGUUGAGGGAGAGCUCGAGGACCUUGUGCGCACCGCUGCGAAGCAGGACGGUUAUGCUGUGCUCGGCAAGGAAGAGUCGAAGCCAGAGGCUGGGAAGUACCUCCGCGUUGUAGACGUCGGAUGGGAGGCGGACAACUGGUGGAUUGAGGGUGAGGUCGGCUCAGCGUAG